UUUGUUUGCAAGACCAAGGAAGAAAGCCUCGUGAGGGACUGUAGAGACAGUGAGAAUGUGCAGCCUAGAGAAGAGAGGAAAGGUGUACAUCUUGACCUUCGUAGGUGACGACGAGGAGAACAGGUUUACUCCUACCACGUUCGAUGCAGUCUUCGACGCCCUCAAACAGGUGGAACAAUCACCGGACGCAGCAGCCCUGGUGACCACCAACGCAGGCAACUACUUUUCCAGCGGCCUCCACCCGGAAUGGAUCGCCAACAACCGUUUCGACAUGGCCGUAGAGAAAUUAGAGAAGAUGUUCGCAGCCUUCAUGAGGCUGAGCGUCCCCACCGUGGCAGCCAUCCGCGGCCAUGCGGUGGCGGGCGCCUUCAUGCUGGCUCUGGCCCACGAUUACCGCUUCAUGACGCAGGGCUCCUCCGAGCUCUACAUGUCUGAGGUCGAUCUUGGCUUGCCCAUGCCCAACAGUAUGAUGCCCACGAUUGGCUGCAAGCUGCAGCCCGCAGCCCUGCGCGAUGUGGUGCUGGGCGGGAGCAAGCUGAACGCGCAGAUGGCGUUGGAGAGAGGGAUUGUGGACGGUGUUUUUGAGGACUCGGAGGGGACUUUGGAGGCGGCGGUUAAGGAGGCAGAGAAACUGGCGGCCAGGGGAUGGGAGAGGGAGAUCUACCGUGGCUUCAGGAUGGCUACCUUUCCUGGGGUUGUGGAGGCGCUCGAUACUCAUGUCGCCUAUCGUGUACCUGCUUCGUAUAAGCUGUGAUGCCCAUUUCUUGCGCAAAUUGUUUGGAUGUUGCAAUGAAGUUAUCUUAGUGUUAUAUUAAUCUUGAUAAGGUUGUAAGGAGUGUGGAAAUGCAAUGCUUUAUAAACAUUUGGAUGAUCUAUUGUAGAACCCUUUUUUAUGAUAUGAA